GCUCUUCAUUUCCAUUUGACUGUGUUAGCUGCGGUCGAAAAGCCAGAGAGCAUCAAACAUGUCAGGAAGAGGAAAGGGAGGUAAGGGUCUCGGAAAGGGAGGAGCCAAGCGUCACCGUAAGGUUCUGAGGGAUAACAUUCAGGGAAUCACCAAGCCGGCAAUUCGUCGUCUGGCCAGACGUGGCGGAGUUAAGCGAAUCAGCGGUCUCAUCUACGAGGAGACCCGUGGGGUGCUCAAGAUUUUCCUCGAGAACGUGAUUCGCGAUGCUGUUACUUAUACUGAGCAUGCUCGCCGGAAGACAGUCACUGCCAUGGACGUCGUGUACGCUUUGAAGAGGCAGGGCAGGACUCUCUACGGUUUCGGAGGCUAGAAAAUUAGGGUUUUUCUACUGGUUUCUAGAUUAUAGCCUUCUGUAGCCUCGAUGUGUUGAUAUAGUGUAAUAGCUGUUGAAUGCUGAAGUUUAGCAAUGUUUCUGUUUUAAAUACGGGAGAUCUUGAUGUGGCCUUUUGAUCUAUGUGAAGCGAUUUGUCGGUGAACAUAGUUGUUGGGAUUUAAUGUAAUCGUGAUUCUGAUUUAAUAUAAAUGAAAUUGGGUACUUUUGGCUGGUG